GCUCCACAGCAGUUGACACUCCGAGGCAGGGCCUUUCCACCGCUGGAUUAUCUGCUCAAGAUUCGUGUUCUUUAAAAUCCAACGGUGGUUUAUCAUUCGGCGGUACAUGUUCGACCGUGCGGGAGCUCCCAUUCUCCAUCUCCUUAAAAUAGCGGCGAUUCAUGUCUUGCUUUCAGACCGUGAACCACAAAAUAUAACCACCGCUGCUGCGAAGGGAAGAAGCAAAGGUGCAGAAGAGGUAAAACAAAGAAAGCUUCCUCCCCUCUCGAUCUCUCUCCUCCUUCGCGCGAGUUACGACGGUUCCUAGUUGCUUCUCUCUCUUUCUUUUGACUUCUCGGGAACGAUUAUGAUCGAAACCUAGAAGCUGUCCGACUCUGCUUCAGAAUGUAGUACUGUUAUUCUGGCCUCUGUAGUUGCUUCGAGAUGGAGGGUUGUGACUGCAUCGAGCCGCAAUGGCCUGCUGAUGAACUUCUAGUGAAGUAUCAAUAUAUAUCAGACUUCUUUAUAGCUCUUGCCUAUUUCUCCAUUCCUCUCGAGCUCAUUUACUUCGUGAAGAAGUCUUCAUUCUUCCCAUACAGAUGGGUGUUGAUACAAUUCGGUGCCUUCAUUGUUCUUUGUGGAGCAACACAUAUGAUAAAUCUCUGGACAUUCACCAUGCACUCACGAACAGUUGCAUUGGUGAUGACUGUUGCGAAAAUCUCAACUGCUGUUGUAUCAUGUGCUACAGCUUUGAUGCUUGUUCACAUAAUUCCUGACUUGUUAAGUGUUAAGACAAGGGAGUUGUUUCUGAAGAAUAAGGCAGAGGAACUUGAUAGGGAGAUGGGUAUUAUACGCACGCAAGAAGAAACAGGGCGACAUGUCAGGAUGCUUACGCAUGAAAUCAGAAGUACACUUGACAGGCACACAAUAUUAAAGACAACCCUGGUUGAACUAGGGAGGACUCUGGAUUUGGCAGAAUGUGCACUUUGGAUGCCAUCAAGGAGUGGUCUUAAUCUCCAGCUCUCACAUACUUUGCACCACCAAAUGCCCCUCGGAUCUGUUGUGUCCAUCAACCUUCCUGUAGUCAAUCAAGUCUUCAGUAGUAACCGUGCUGUAAGAAUCCCACAUACGUGUCCAUUAGCAAGGAUUCGGCCUCAAACUGGAAGAUAUGUGCCACCGGAAGUUGUUGCUGUCCGAGUUCCACUAUUACAUCUUUCAAAUUUCCAAAUAAAUGAUUGGCCUGAGCUUUCUGCCAAAAGCUAUGCCAUUAUGGUUCUAAUGCUCCCUUCAGACAGUGCAAGAAAAUGGCACAUACAUGAACUGGAGCUUGUUGAGGUGGUCGCUGAUCAGGUAGCAGUUGCACUUUCGCAUGCUGCCAUUUUAGAAGAGUCAAUGCGGGCACGUGACUUACUUAUGGAGCAAAAUGUUGCUCUAGAUUCCGCUCGUCGGGAGGCCGAGAUGGCUAUCCGUGCUCGCAAUGAUUUUCUAGCUGUCAUGAACCAUGAAAUGCGGACUCCAAUGCAUGCAGUUAUAGCUCUAUCAUCCCUGCUUCUGGAAACUGAGCUAACUCCUGAACAACGACUGAUGAUAGAAACUGUGUUAAAAAGUAGCAAUCUGCUGGCAGCACUUAUCAAUGAUGUUUUGGAUCUUUCUAAGCUGGAAGAUGGGAGCUUUGAGUUGGAGAUUGCAAAUUUCAACCUUCAUGCCGUUUUCAGAGAGGUCAUAAAUUUGAUAAAACCGAUAGCUGCUGUAAAGAAGCUCUCUGUGUCUGUGACAUUGGCGCCCGACUUGCCCUUAUGUGCCAUUGGUGAUGAAAAACGGCUUAUGCAAACAAUACUAAAUGUUGCUGGCAAUGCUGUCAAGUUUACGAAGGAGGGCCAUAUAUCAAUCACAGCAUCUGUUGCCAGAUCAGAUUCUUCAAGAGACCCUCGGGCUCCUGAAUUCUCUCCAGUUACCAGUGAUCGGCAUUUCGAUUUGCGUGUACAGAUCAAGGAUACUGGCUGUGGAAUCAGUCCUCAAGAUUUACCACACAUCUUUACUAAGUUUGCACACUCCCGCAACAGUGCAAACAAAGCCUCCAAUGGCAGUGGGCUCGGCCUUGCUAUUUGUAGGAGGUUUGUGAGCCUCAUGGAAGGACAGAUCUGGCUUGAAAGUGAAGGCAUAGGGAAAGGUUGCACUGCCACAUUCAUCGUCAAACUUGGUAUUUGUGAUCCAAGCGGAAAUCUGCAACAAAUUUUGCAGACUACACCAAGUCAUGGAGAUGCAAAUCUUCCCGGCCCAAGAGCUAAAUUCGAUGAUGAGAAUGGGAAAUUUACUCCUAUGAUGCGUUACCAAAGAAGUGUAUAAUUUAUACGGUUGGAUUCAUCUACCUACCUGCAGCAUUUAUGGCCUGAAGGCUCUGAUUGGUGAAACCAAUUUUGUGAUGGUUCAAGGCUGUCUCUUUGGUGUUCAGCGAGGUGGUUUAAUUAAUUUGCAACCGGGACAAGUUUGUGGCUUACCUACGUGGAGUAUGUGAUCUUUGCUGAUAUAACGAGUUCAAAUUAGUUGGUGUAAAGUAAUAGUUGUUGUUUCCACACUUAUUUUAUCUGGCUGAUGAGCCGAGUUUGAUGUGCAACUAGAUGAUCUUUUGGCUUCAAACUUUGUAUGAUAUUCUCCGAACGGCGACCCUACGUUUUCAGUACUUUUGUUCUGAACGGUUGCUAGGUUCUCAAUCUGCUGCUUACGGUUCAGUGUCAAUAUGACUA